AUGAAUUAGAAAUCUGAUGAGAAUACACCUAAGAUUUAAUUGAUUGACAUACAAUAAUCAGGAUUUAAUGCUGAAAAUUUAUUAAGAGUGAUUUUAUCAAGAGAUAAACUAUUAAAUGGUUUAGUGAAUUGGCUUCAUGAAGCUACUAAAAAAAAUUAAUUAGAUGAUAAACAUAAUCAAUUAUAUAUUAGAAUAAUGAAGGUUUGUGCAGUUCAAUAUGCUUAUUUUCAAUUAUAAUCAGGAUACAAUUUUAUUGCUCCUGAUGAAAAAUAUACAGGAAUGUGUAAUCAUUUUUAUAAAAUUUUUGAAACAGAGGAAGAUUACAAAAAAGAGAUUAAAUAAUUUAAGAAAAAUCAAAGUAAAUAAACAAAAAUAAUGAUUGAUGAUUUUGAUAAAAGAUUGACUACAUUAUUAAGAUGGAGAAAAGUAUUAAAAAUAAAUAUAUUUAGAAAUUUAUGGAUGAUUAUGAAUAAAUAAAAAAAGAAUUUAGUGACACUAAUCCUGAUUAUAUUAAGUUCCAUAAAUUAAAAUAAUAAAUUGAAAUGGAAAAUUAAACAAAUUUUGAUAUUUAUUAAUAUUACUUUACACUAUUCUAUAAUGAAGAAUGGUUUAAACAACCAAUUGAUGAUAAUUCUUAUGAAAUACUAAGGUAAUUAAAUAUCUUAAUUAUUUAAGAUUACUUUGUUUGAUUAAAUAAUUCUUAAAAUUAGAUACUGUAUAUCCAAUAGAAUAAUAUGCUAAUUAAUCAAUAACACUAUUAGAUAUUAAUGAAAAUGAAAAAUAGAAAGAUUAUUACAUUAAAUUGAUAAAAUAAAAAUGA